AUGGUACAACUAGUGGGGUCUCUCCGAAAAGAGCUCGCUGACUCCUUAUCCGUUUGCCGGGUGCUGGUGGUUGGAGCUGGAGGAAUUGGCUGUGAGCUCUUGAAAAACAUUGUUCUCACCGGCUUCAAAAAUAUAGAAGUGGUAAGUCGUGCAGGGGACCGACACUUGCCGCUACAGCCAGCCAGGGUGAUAUGAAAGGCCUAGCUAGCAUGCUAGAUAAGUUUAGCUAGUCUGAAAAUAACACUAUUCGAAAAUGCCCAUAUGGCUAUAUGUAAGUGGUGAAGUUAGCUAUUUAAAUAUAGUCAUGAAUGAACAGAAAACCACCUAGUUAACGGUUAAGUCACUUCAUCCAAAUUGUAAAUUGCGUGCCAUGUUCUGACUUCUUUGUGGUCUGCUAACGUUAGCUAGCCAAUGUUAAGGAGUGUAUGCUUGAAGGCUAGUUUUCUGUGCUAACAAUGCCGGUGACUCUGAGAGAUGCUGUUAAGCAUUACGGUAAGUAGUUACAUGCUAUUGAUUUUCUGGUUCAUUAAGAAAGCUAAAGUUAUGUGUUUUUGGUUUAGUUAAUUAGACCAUGCUGAUCUUUCUAGAAAAUCUAAAGUUAUUACAGAUUAUUUUGGCAAGUUAGCUGGCCAAGUCAUUGCCAGAACAUACUGACCCUGCGGUUACGCUUGUUUACACCGAGCUGCAGGGGUCAAAAUGCAAUCAUGGUUACAUUACGGGUGCGUUCGUAAAUUAUCUCCAGUGAGUUGGAGUGCGCUCUAGGUCGUUCGUAAAGUCAGAGCGUUUCGCUCUCGGACAGAGCGCACACUAGACGCUCUGGCCAAAGAGAAGGGUUGAUCUGGCAGUCAAGCUAGAAAACUACUUCCAGGCACAAAAGAGAACACCUCACUGACCAUUUUAUUUGCCCAAGCAGAGAUAGGUAGGCAGUUUUCAUGUUAUCUAGGUUGUUAAUGACUAACUGUGCUGCUGGCAACAAUUUAAAUAAACAUUUUUGCAGACGUUUAUUGACACUUGUCAUUCAAUGUAUGUUUCGCAUUUGUAAAUUCAUCAGUUAUUCUGCACUCUGGCAUACUCGGAGUGCUCUGAUAUCGGAGUAGAUAGCCAGAGUGAAUUUACUAAUGCACACUUUGAGACCGUGGAGCCGGCGCGAGAUAUGGGUCUGAAAACGUACCUCAAAGCAGGGAUAGAUGUGGUCCUCUGUAGCUCAAUUGGUGGAGCAUGGCGUUCGAUCCCCGGGACCAUCCAUACGUAAAAAUGAAUGCACACAUGACUGUAAGUCGCUUUGGAUAAAAGCGUCUGCUAAAUGGCAUAUUAUUAUUAUUAUUAUAGAAUAUGCCACUGCACUCCAAAUGUUAUCUUUAUCGACACUGCUCCAUCGAGAAGAUUGAAGUACUGCUAGUCCUCAUACUAGCUAGCAGUAGCCAUUAUGGAAUGGCAUGUCGCGUUGAACAACAAAUGAGCUGAUUGGCUGUCACUGCCAUUCCAAAAUGCGUAGGGUCAGUGUAAAUAAGCUGUAGGGUCGGUAUCUUCUGGCAGGGUAAGUCAUUGAUCUUGCUUUGUAGUAUACACCUCAGAUGUUUAUAAUGUGCAAUUCUGUUAGGUAGCUAUAUACUUUGCUGCAUGUAGCAAAUUCUUUCAUACAACAUUCACACUUUCGGUGAACCUGUCCUGAUGUUAAUAAAACAUGUUUUGUAGCUAUCAAUAAUUGUGUUUUGGUAACUUACAUUUUAGUCAUUUAGCAGACGCUCUGGAGCGACUUACAGGAGCAAUUAAGGUUAAGUGCCUUGCUCAAGGGCACAUAGACAGAUCUUUCACCUAGUCGGCUCGGGGAUUAGAACCAGCGGUUCGGUUACUGGCACAACGCUCUUAACCACUAAGCUACCUGCCGCCCUUGGAUUUGGAAUUUCAUUUGCUGUAUCUGUGUUUAUCUUAUAGAUUGAUCUGGACACUAUUGAUGUGAGCAACCUGAACAGACAGUUCCUGUUCCAGAAGAAACAUGUGGGAAAGUCCAAGGCUCAGGUAGGGGACCCAUUGUUCUUUCACAAACAUGCAUCACCGCUUGACCCUUUUGGUCCAUUCUCACUUUUGCUGUAGGCUAUGUAGCUAUACAACCAGAAUAUUAUAUGUCAGGGGUAGGCAACUAGAUUCAGUCACAGGUUGAUUGGGGGGGGGGUUAGCCCGCAGGCUGCCUGUUGCCAACCCCUGCUAUAUAUGAACUUGCGGCUGUCUUGCAGGUGGCCAAAGAGAGUGUGCUGCAAUUCUGUCCCACUGCCAAUAUCACGGCCUACCAUGACAGCAUCAUGAAGUAAGUCAACUAGCUACUGUAGUUAUGUGCAUGAUUGUUCUUUGUGCAUAUGGUAUUUUAUUGUGUGUGUUUGUGUCACCGUGAGUUGCUGAUGUGAAAACUGAUGUCCUUGGUCUGUAUGUCCUUCCCAGUCCAGAUUACAACGUGGAAUUCUUCAGGAACUUCAUGCUUGUCAUGAAUGCCUUGGACAAUCGAGGUAUAGUGAUAUCUCAUGCCUUCCUAAUGAAACCUUCAAUACUGAUCCCUAGUCAAUUUGUCUCUGUGGAGUAUAUUUGGUAUCUUUUCCCAAUUAUUAUGGUCCUUGUCUUACUGCCAGCCAAAGUUCCCUCUAAGCUGCGUGCAGUAGCCCGAUACUGCUGUACAGCUCCCAGGGACUGCCACACAGAAGAAAUAUCAGCCCAUGGAGAGAAGCACGAGAUUGAACUUCACCAAACUUUCUAGAAUUUUCCCUGUUAACUCUAUCAACAUUUCCCUUUACUGUGGCAAUUGUGAUCGAAUCAAUGCAAUAUUAGCCGCUUUCAAUGCAACAUACCGAAACAAAAUGAGCUAUGCAAGAGAUUUUGCAAGAGAUUUUGUUGUAGGCAGAACGCAUCGGAGUAGGAUUCUAUUGCAUUGACACACACGACUCAGCCCGUACUCUACACAGACCGGUGUGGCAUAACCAAUCAGAGCUGCAGUAGGCCUAUAUGCAAAUAGAUCAAUGCCAUAUAUGGAUCUGUGGCAUUUACUUUGAUCUGAACUGUUUCCAGCAUGAGCGGUCCUGAGUAGAUGCGCUUGUUUUGAGAUCAAAGCGAGAGCUGCAUGUAGCUACGUGUGCACAUUUUGUUCAUAUCCUUUGCCAGUUAGUGAGUUAUUAGCCCAGUUAUAGAUCAUUUGUAGUCAGCAAAAAGGGAGUGAUUGCUUCCUACAAGAGCUCAAAACAUGUACAUUUCUAGAGCCUUUUUUUGUCUUAAAGGGGCAGUGUUGUAUUUUGAGGCAGGCUUGAAUAAGCUAAGUAGCCAAUAGGCAGAGGGUAGCAUAAUUUGUCUGAUUUCCUGUAAUAAUGGUAUGGGAAUAAUAAUGCAUUUUAUUUUGUAAAGUGGUUUCUUGCAUCAAACAACACAACACCAUUUUCAGGCCCCUCUUGUCUGAAGGGCAAGUGGAUGAACAGGUUAAUGUCAAGCCCUGCAUGUUGUUUAAAAAAAAAAGUAGGCCUACAUUGAACACCACACAUUAGCUGCUACUGUAGGCUGAAUGAUAGAACAGCUAUUUCCAUGUUAAAAUGUUAUGGGAUGCAUUUUCUCCAUUGUUUAUGAUGGUAGGCCACUCUGGUAUGUCUACAUUAUGAUCAAGUAGCCUACUUUGCCACUGUUAAAACUGUAAUUUAAAGCGGUUACAGCCUUGGUGUUAACAGUAAACGUGCGCUGGAUGUUGCACAGAAUUUUCACAACAGUCAAGUUUGCGCUCAGCAGACCUUAAAUUUGCUCAGUGCCAAAAACAUUUGAGGGAACAUUGCCGCCAGCUGAAUCUUUUCUUCCUUGCAGCGGCUCGUAACCAUGUGAACCGGAUGUGUCUCGCAGCUGACAUUCCCCUUAUUGAGAGUGGCACAGCUGGCUACCUUGGGCAGGUGACCGUUAUUAAGAAGGUAAGACACAAUGGAUGUGUGUCUCAGAUGAGUUUAACAAUUUCAUUGUGAAUCACAUAUGUGCGUAGUUGUGUCAACCACAACCCGUGAGUAACAAUUAGAUGAAUGGUCAUGUUCAGCACCAAUCUAACACAUAAAACAACAACCUCCCUCUUCUUGCUUUUACACACUACAGGAUCUGUGAGGAUAAUGUUCUAUACACUGAUCUUUACAGGAAACCUACUGAUCGUAACAGUUUGUUGAGGGCUGAUAGUUGUCACCCGCUUCCCUAGAAAAACAGUUUGCCUACAGCCAAUUCUGUCGAAUCAAAAUAAUUUGCAAAAAACAAUCAGAUUUCGACAGAAAUAUGGCUGAGACGCAAAGAAAAUUCAAGGAGAUGGGGUACAAAAAUUGUGAGAUUAAUAUAAUAUUAAUACUGCCAUUGAGAAAAUUCAAAACGAAUUGAGACAUGAUCUCUUUCAAUGACAUUCUCGCAAAAAUAAGCAUUCUUGUGUUCUAACUACACGCUAUUCAAAGUGCUCUGAACAAAUUAAGGGAAUCGUUCACAAACAUUGGCACAUUCUAAGAUCUGAUGACAGUAUCAGUAAUGUGUUUUCGUAUUCUCGCGGGGCAGAAAUCUCAGAUCAAUUGGUAAACUCUGAUGUACCACCCCAAAAUAUCCUUGCACAACGUCUAUUUGCACCUCUACCGGAUGGAAACUACAAGUGUCCUUGUGGUAAAAAUGAUGUGGGUAAAACAAAGCGCGAAUUAAAAGUACAAAUCUCGGAGCGUCAUAGCACCAUUCGGUGCAAAAACUCGACAUACCCAGUCGCGGCCCACUAUUUGGAAGCGAACCACUCUAUUUCGUCCCUACGUUAUAUCGGCAUCAAACAUGCCACCCUCCCUAGGAGAGGGGUUGACCUCGACAACUUAUUGUUAAAAUGAGAGGCUGCCUGGAUCUUUAAUUUAAAGACCCUUGCUCCCUUCGGUCUCAACGUAGACUUUGAUCUGAAGCCAUUCUUUUGAUUAUUGUGAUUUUGCUAUUUAUUGUAAAUGUUUGUAGGCCUAUGUAGCCAAAUUGUAUCUAUGAUCGUAUGCUAUCCAUUCAUGUUUUUUGUAUGUUCUGUUUAUCUGUGAAUUAACCAAUGAUAUCAGGCCACACCCGGCCAUGAUUACAGACAACUGUGUGUGUCCUUUGACAUUAUAUAAACUAGUGACCCGCAGUGUUUGGCAUUAUACCCUGAUGAAGACAGCUUGUCUGUCGAAACGUUGGUUAUUCAACUAUUGCAUCUGAGCUCCUAGAGUGUGCGGCUUUUCUUUUUCAAGGGUUCUACUCCGUUAGCCAGCACCUCGCCUAAAUAGGUGUGCGUUUCAUUCGCCUACAAAAACAGCACCAAUAUAACACAUAAUAACAACAACCUCCCUCUUCUUGCUUUUACACACUACAGGGUCUUACUGAGUGCUAUGAGUGCCAGCCCAAACCCACACAGAAAACAUUCCCUGGCUGCACCAUUCGCAACACCCCAUCUGAGCCCAUACAUUGCAUUGUGUGGGCCAAGUACCUCUUCAAGUAAGUCUAGUAAAAGUGCUUUCAUCUCUCUAGUAGUAAACAAUUGUGAAAUAGAUCAUGAAUAUUCAUUUCACCCAAUAGGGAGUUAAUGAUGGGAUUCCUGGCAGAGAUCUGUUAUUGCUGUCCGGUUGGUUGAGAUUACGCCCAUGGCAUUGACAAUCAGUUCUAUCUUCAUCUCCACCUCAGCCAGCUUUUUGGAGAGGAAGAUGCAGAUCAAGAGGUGUCCCCUGACACAGCUGACCCAGAGCUUUCAUGUAAGUAUAACAAAACACUUGAAAAUUCUUCAACUGCCACCCUCCCUGGCCUCCAUGAACCAGAGGAGUGAGACUGAGUCGUGUGCACUAAAAGGCUGCUGUGUACUCUGGGCUUCAUUGGGAUAAUAAUACAUGCCAUGGGAUAUUUGUCGCCUAUUCUCAGGGAACCCUGCAGACACUGAAGCCCGAGCCAAAGCAUCUGACCAGGAUGGAGAUAUCAAACGUGUGUCCACUAAGGACUGGGCACGUUCCACUGGCUACGACCCAGUCAAACUCUUCAACAAGGUAGGCUUAAGGGUGAACAAGUAUUUACUAGGGGACUGCUUAAUGUGGCCCCAUGUCUUGUUGUCAAGCAGCUUAUUAGCAUCUAAGCUAUGGUUAUUAAAAUGUAUAGAAAUAGCAAAUAGUCCAUGACUAUAUUUGUGUGGUCCUCCAGCUUUUUAAAGAUGACAUCCGGUACCUCCUGACCAUGGACAAGCUGUGGAAGAAGAGGAAAGCCCCACUGCCUCUGGAUUGGCUUGAGCUUCAGAAACGUAGUAAGAUAUUAGCAUCCUAUAUUAUAUUGCUCCAAGUUGAAUUGGACAAUUUUCUAAUUCAAAGAAAUUGAAUUAGAAAAUCUUCUAAUACGAUUUGAAUUAUAAGAUUUUCUGCUAAAUGGCAUAUAUUAUUAUAUUAUUUUCUAGUUAAUUGUCUGGUGUUUUUAGUUUGAGGUUUAGGUUUGUGAUUCUCGCUCUCUGGUUGUCUGAUAGCGUGUCCCCAGGAGGUGACUGGGACGGGAUUGAAGGACCAGCAGGUGUUGGGUGUGGCAGGCUACUCCCAGCUCUUCUCCCGCAGCGUGGAAACCCUGCGCUCCAUGCUGGCUGACAAAGGGGAUGGAGCAGAGCUUGUGUGGGACAAGGUGAGGACACACAGGGGAAUGGAUUUGGAUGGGUAACUGUGCAGGGUCUAAACUGGACCACAAUAUAUUAUCAAGGUACAACAGACCGGAGAAGAUGAUGCUCUCAUAGUUUAAGCUUAAAGUUGCAUUGAUAGUUCUUUGGCAGUCCAUUUGAUUGUCUUCCUCCUCUUGUUGCUAGGACGACCCUCCAGCGAUGGACUUUGUGACAGCAGCCGCCAACCUGCGCAUGCAUAUUUUCAGCAUGAACAUGAAGAGCCGUUUUGACAUCAAGUGUGGGUAUUUUGGGUGAAAGCUGUCUGGAGGUUGUAAAGUAAAAAAAAUAAAGUUAAAUGUUAUUUUGACAAUUUAUUAUUAAUAAAGAUUUUACUUUAUUGAUUUUUUUAUUUUGCUAUGUCUGUUUCCAAGUAAGGUGUUUUGAUGUGUUUUAAAUUGUUCCUUGCAGCCAUGGCAGGGAACAUCAUCCCAGCGAUCGCCACGACCAAUGCAGUCAUUGCUGGCCUCAUAGUGCUGGAGGCACUGAAGAUUCUUUCAGGAGAUGUGGAGCAGUGUCGCACGGUGAGAAAUCAGGAGUGAUCCUUUCUGUUAAGGGUGGUACUAAACCUUCUAACAUUUCGUCCCCUGCACAUCAGGGGCCCGUGUAGCUCAGUUGGUAGAGCAAUGGCGCUUGCAACGCCAGGGUUGGUAUAUAUAUAUAUAUAUAUAUAUAUAUAUAUAUAUAUAUAUAUAUAUAUAUAUAUAUAUAUAUAUAUAUAUAUAUAUAUAUAUAUAUAUAUAUAUAUAUAUAUAUAUAUCCAACCACAUGUGUGCCUUUGUGUGUGCACGUCAUGUGAGUCGGGCAUGUGAGACUAACUAGAGCUGCAUUGAUAAACCGAAAAUUACAGACCCCGACAUUGCCCUCUUACCAAAGCUUAUUUUGGUCAUUAGGCUACACAACGUUCCUGCAGAUUUUUUAGUUUGUUCUAAAACCAUUCUUUGGUCAACAGUAAUGUGCAUUAACCAGCUUCCGUCAAUGAAAGUACACUACGUGAUCAAAAGUAUGUGGACACCUGCUCGUCGAACAUCUCAUUCCAAAAUCAUGGGCAUUAAUAUGGAGCUGGCCCCCUUUUUGCUGCUAUAACAGCGUCCACUCUUCUGGGAAGGCUUUCCACUAGGUGUUGGAACAUUGCUGCAGGGACUUGCUUCCAGUCAGCCACAAGAGCAUUAGUGAGGUUGGGCGAUUAGUCCUGGCUCGCAGUCGGUGUUCCAAUUCAUCCCUAAGGUGUUCGAUGGGGUUGUGGUCAGGGCUCUGCAGGCCAGUCAAAUUCUUCCACACCGAUCUCGACAAAACAUUUCUGUAUGGACCUCGCUUUGUGCAUGCGGGCAAUUUCAUGAAACAGGAAAGGGCCAUCCCCCAAACUUUUGCCACAAAGUUGGAUGCACAGAAUCGUCUAGAAUGUCAUUGUAUGCUGUAGCCUUAAGAUUUCCCUUCACUGGAACUAACAGCCCCAGACCAUUAGUCCUCCACCAAACUUUACAGUUGGCACUAUGAAUUGGGGCAGGUAGCAUUCUCCUGGCAUCCGCCAAACCCAGAUUAGUCCGUCGGACUGCCAGAUGGUGAAGCGUGAUUAUCACUCCCAGAGAAUGCGUUUCCACUGCUCCAGUGUCCAAUUGCGAUGAGCUUUGCACCACUCCAGCCGACGCUUGUUACUAUUUUUAUUAUUUUUUAACUCCGCACCAUUGGAAAGGGCUUGUAAGCAAGCAUUUCACUGUAAAUUCUACGCCUGUUGUAUUCGGUGCAUGUGACAUAAAUUGAUUUGAAUUAUGUAGCAUAUAAGCGUGGCCUAGGCCAAUAUGCCUAUGAUUAUUCUGGAUCCUGUUUUGACACGUUGCACAUAAAUAUCCAUCAUGCAUUCCCUGAACAUAAUAUUAAUUAUCUAACUUCUUUCAUGUCUUACUUGGCACUGGAAAAAGUCAGUCUAGAGCUCUCCUCCUUAGCUACCUUGCUUUGAAGUAUAGCCAUUUGAUACCUGAUUCACUGAAUUAAAGAAUUAUUUUCUUAUACUUUUUGGUUGUAGGCUAAUGUUCUAAUGUUAUAGCAUAAUACCUCCAAGAGAGCUAUUGAGUGUGUAGACUUUUGUUCCAGCCCUGCUCUUAACACCAGAUUCUACAAAUCAACUGCUCAACAGGACCAUGUUAAUCUGACUCCUGUGUGUUUGAGCAGUGCUGGAUCAAAAGCCUGCACACCCAGUGGCCUAGCUCUCCAGAUGGAGAGUUGACCACGUGUUUCAUACAGUAACGGUGCUGUAUAUUUGACUUUAAGGCAUUUAAUUUUUUUCACAGUGGUAUCGUUAUGAUAUUGAGUAUCAUUAUACUAGGCUGGUUUUGGUAUCAAAGCGCCGAAAUUCUGAACACUUAGUUUGUGAUCUAGCUAAUGAUUAGUCCAUUGGGGUAGCCUAAACAAAUGCAGAUGGGCAACCCAAUGCUUCAGCCAUCUAUAGCCUAGCCACUAUGCUACAUCAGUAAGCCUACAGAAGAAUUCUCAUUGCUAAAAUGUCACACCUUCCUGAUAAUAUAAGCCAUGUAGGCUAUAGCCUUUGGUGAAAGAGUCAGCCCUAAAAAAUACUACUUUUUGCCAACAUGGGCUCAUUUCUGGCACGUGUGUGUGGUGCGUGCAGACACCAAAUUGGUAUUAAAUUGCAUUCCAAGUGCCAUUAAAAAGGUCUUAGUCUUAGAUUCAACUUCAUUGAACCUGCAGAUACCCUGUGGUUGUGAAUAAUUUAAUGGCAACUUAUGGCUGUUUUAGUGUAUAUCUAAUGUGCUCUGAAACCUAUUCCAAUGUCCCUUCCUGUAUGGUCUUCCUAGAUCUUCCUGAACAAGCAGCCCAACCCCAGGAAAAAGCUGCUGGUUCUGUGUGCUUUGGAUCCACCCAGUGCCAACUGUUAUGUGUGCGCCAGCAAGCCAGAAGUCACAGUCAAACUGAAUGUGCACAAAACUCUUGUGCUGGCCCUUCAAGACAAGGUAAUGCAUGCCUCUCUGGCUCCUUUUUUGCAUGUGCUCAUGCUUACAAUCAGACUGAUAAAGCCAGACAAACGCACAGACUAAUACAGACAUUGUUGGCCAGUGAUGCACACAUUUUUGACCAGGGAGGCAGAGCAAGCCAGGUAGAUAAUGACUAGAGGGUUGCAUGUAAAUCUAAACAAAACCGAUCUUGUUUGUUUUGUUGUUGCUAUCACCAUGACACAGUGAAAUGUGAUCAGCAUAUCCUGUGUUCAGCUAAAUAUUCUUCUUUCUUUGUGUUAGAUAUUAAAAGAGAAGUUUGGGAUGGUGGCGCCAGAUGUGCAGAUCGAGGAUGGGAAAGGGACAAUCCUUAUCUCCUCUGAGGAGGGUGAAACUGAAGGUAUGAGACAAUCACAGAAUAUUAUCAGACUGUCCCAAAGGAGACCAGUAGAGGAUGCCAACCUCUUCCCAUGGUGACUGCAUAUUGCACUCAACAGUAUUAAGGAUGUGCAUGUGACAAAACUUUUUUUCUAAAUAGCUCUUGUUUGCUGAGCGACUCGGGAGAGCUGCAGAAGGGCAGGGGCCAGUGUAUGUGAUAUGAGAGAGACAGAGAGAGAGCGCGCGAAAGUAGCCAUGCUAGAUUGACAAACUUGCUGCUAUAGAUUAUCUAUCAUACCAUCUGGUAAUGCCUGUCUUGACUGCAUCAAAUCGAUGUAAAGUAGCUAGCUAUACUAGCCAACUAAGUUAGCUAGCUAGCAAGGCUAAUUGAGGCACUCCUCGUCCUUGCCUACAACCACUACAUUCAGAUUAAACAACAGCCUACCUGUUGGUUGCUCAUUGUUUUCUACUCCUCAUUACGGUAUCUUGAUUCUGUAAUUUGAAUUCCAUUAUGCAUUGAUAAAAAAUAUCCCACUUCACUUUCAAGGCUACAUAUGCAGCCUCUGACUGAUUGCCCUACAAUAAUGUAUUUUUUAUGGGGUGCACGUUAGUGGUGCGUAGGUCAGCUGUUUGUUCACCCGUACCCACCCGCAAUCGCUAAUAACCUGACUAUAUGUGAAAAUCUGAGGCCCGACCCUAAACUGCAAAUAUAGAAAAUGCGCUGUAGGCUACAGCGGAACGAUUUUUUGACGGGGUGCAGGAUUUUUAGAUAUGUUUCUGCUUAUAAUUUCUGACAUUUUGGUAGGCUAUUUGUUUGUCAACUUGUCUAUAAUUAGAUUCAUUAAACAAAGAGUGUACAAAACAUUAGGAACACCUGCUCUUUCCAUGACAUAGACUGACCAGGUGAAUCCAGGCGAACGCUAUGAUCCCUUAUUGAUGUCACCUGUUAAAUCCACUUCAAUCAGUGUAGAUUGUUGAGGAAAACUCGUUCCAGGAAUCAGGCAGAACUCAUUUAUUAGCAGUAAGAGUUUAUUCAAGCAAUUGCAGGGAAGCUUACCCUCAGGAUGAAACCGGAGAGAAAAACGUACAAAUGUACAAAUUACCUAGUAAGUUAUAAACUUCACCUACACAAAGAACUGCUUACCCCUCCAAGAGGGAGGCAAGCUUACAUGAGAUCAGAGAUACUUAGCUCUACUCCCUUAGAGCAUUAAAACAAACUAAAGCAGGUUCUAACCCAUGGGUGGGCAAACCUUUUGGCUCAAGGGCUACAUUGAGUUUUUGAAACCAAGUGAAGGGCCACAUACUAUGCAUGACAAAACAUGUGAAGCCUUUAUUCAUUUUCACAUUGACACGCAACUACUAGUGUACUGUAGGUGUACAUAUGCUUGUAGAACCAUUCUACCCUUGUACCAUCUCUACACUUGUUUUUUGUGAACACAUUUCUCACAAUUGAUAUAAUUUAUAACAUCAUAAGGAACUAUUCUCAUCUCCAUUGUGAGCCAUAUUUACAGUUAUCCAAUCAUCUCACCCCAAAUCUGACUGAUUAGUUAUUACCUGUAUCCAAGUGCAUUGCUGGAUAAUUCUCACUGCAUUUUUAUUAGAUUUUAUUUCACCUUUAUUUAACCAGGUAAGCCAGUUGAGAACAAGUUCUCAUUUACAACUGCGACCUGGCCAAGAUAAAGCAAAGCAGUGCGAUUAAAAACAACAACAACACAGAGUUACAUACGGAAUACACAAAACGUACAUUCAAUAACACAAUAGAAAAUCUAUAUACAGUGUGUGCAAAUGUAGUAAGUUAUGGAGGUAAGGCAAUAAAUAGGCCAUAGUUCAAAAUAAUUACAAUUAUAAUUUAGUAUUAACACUGGAGUGAUAGAUGUGCAGAAGAUGUGCAAAUAGAGAUACUGGGGUGCAAAUGAACAAAAUAAAUAACAAUGUAAAUAACAAUAUGGGGAUGAGGUAGUUGGGUGGGAUAAUUACAGAUGGGCUGUGUACAGGUACAGUGAUCGGUAAGCUGCUCUGACAACUGAUGCUUAAAGAUCGUGAGGGAGAUAAGUGUCUCCAGCUUCAGAGAUUUUUGCAGUUCGUUCCAGUCAAGGAAUGGGGACCAAAGGAGGUGUUGGCUUUGGGGAUGACCAGUGAGAUAUACCUGCUGGAACGCAUACUACGGGUGGGUGUUGCUAUGGUGACCAAUGAGCUAAGAUAAGGCGGGGAUUUGCCUAGAAGGGAUUUAUAGAUGACCUGGAGCCAGUGGGUUUGGCGACGAAUAUGUAUUGAGAGCAUACAGGUCACAAUGGUGGGUAGUAUAUGGGGCUUUGGUGACAAAACGGAUGGCACUGUGAUCGGCUACAUCCAGUUUGCUGAGAAUGGUGUUGGAAGCUAUUUUGUAAAUGACAUCGCCGAAGUCAAGGAUCGGUAGGAUAGUCAGUUUUACGAGGGCAUGUUUAGCAGCAUGAGUGAAGGAGGCUUUGUUGCGAAAUAGGAAGCCGAUUCUAGAUUUAACUUUGGAUUGGAGAUGCUUAAUGUGAGUCUGGAAGGAGAGUUUACAGUCUAACCAGACACCUAGGUAUUUGUAGUUGUCAACAUAUUCUAAGUCAGACCCGCCGAGAGUAGUGAUUCUAGUCGGUCAGGAGGGUGCAAGCAGCGUUCGAUUGAAGAGCAUGCAUUUAGUUUUACGAGCAGUUGGAGGCCACGGAAGGAGUGUUGUAUGGCAUUGAAGCUCGUUUGGUUGUUAACACAGUGUCCAAUGAAGGGCCAGAUGUAUACAAAAUGGUGUCGUCUGCGUAGAGGUGGAUCUGAGAGUCACCAGCAGCAAGAGCGACAUCAUUGAUAUACACAGAGAAUAGAGUCGGCACGAGAAUUGAACCCUGUGGCACCCCCAUAGAGACUGCCAUAGGUCCAGACAACAGGCCCUCCGAUUUGACACAUUGAACUCUAUCUGAGAAGUAGUUGGUGAACACGGCGAGGCAGUCAUUAGAGAAACCAAGGCUAUUUAGUCUGCCAAUAAGAAUGCGGUGAUUGACAGAGUCAAAAGCCCUGGCCAAGUCGAUGAAGACGGCUGCACAGUACUGUCUUUUAUCGAUCGCGGUUAUUAUAUCGUUUAGGACCUUGAGCGUAGCUGAGGUAUACCCAUGACCAGCUCGGAAACCAGAUUGCAUAGCGUAGAAGGUACGGUGGGAUUCUAAAUGGUCGGUGAUCUGUUUGUUAACUUGGCUUUCAAAUACUUUCGAAAGGCAUAACCAUCACCAUGAAAAAGCAUAAUCCUUGCCUACCCCAGUCACAGUUAUUCAAGUCUUAAUGUGAACAAUGGGUCUGGUCGCCUCUCUUGGCAAGGGCAUCAAAGUCUGGUGUGAUCUUUGAUGUAGAGAUUCUCAGAACAGCUGACAAGUGGUCAUUUGUUAAAUUUGACCUGUGACGGGAUUUAUUGUAAUUCAUGACUGAGAACGUUUGUUCACACACAUAUGUGGACCCGAAUAAAACAAGCAUCCUUUGGGCGUGCUUUUUAAUGUUUGGAAACUUUGUUUCAUUCAGUGAGCCAUAGAACUGGUCUAUUGUUGCUGUUUUGUACUUCUCCUUCAAAGCACUGUCACAUUGGAUGUCAAUGAGCUCCAAUUGUGUGUCUGGUGGUGCUUUCUCACUGUCGAAAGAGAACAACAUAAGUUUGGCCUUGAAUGCUUUCACGUUGGAAUACAGUUCAUGCACAAAAAAUGUCCCUGCAGUUUCACAUUUAGAUCGUUCAGAUGCCCCAAUAUGUCCUCACCGAAAGCAAAGUCGCCCAGCCAGUCUGUGUCUUUCAACACGGAGAAGUCGUCAGCUUUACCAACCGUAUCAAGGAACACACAGCAAAAUACUUUUCCCAGGCUUAGCCAGCGCACAUUUGAAUGGUACAUCAAGUCCUGGUUCUCUGCCUCUGUGUCAUUGAGCAGCUGAAUGAACUGACGAUGGUUAAGCCCCCUUGCCCGUAUAAAGUUGAAGUUUUACAUGCACUUUGACAACAUUUUCCAGCUUUAACACACUUUUACACAGGGCUUCCUGAUGAAUAAUACAGUGUAGAAAUAUCAAUUCCUCCGAGUUAGGGCUUUCUUCUUUUACUUUGCUUGGAAAAUGACGAUUGAGAUUAUAUUCCUUAAAAACGGCAACACUUUCUUGGCAUAUCAGUCAUACCGCUUUAUGUCCAAUAUUAGUAAGAAAGUAUUUUGCUGUCCAUUCUUCUUUAAACACACGACAUUCAGAGUCCACUUUUCUCAUUUUCACAGCACUCAUUUUUCACGGCAAAAGUCAUCAAGCAAUGAAGUGGCUAUGAUGACUGAGCGCAUUCUGAAUCUGACUGUAGGCCCAAAUACAGAGCGCGCUGCCAGCGGCAUCUAUUGGAGGUUGUUUGUAUAUCAUGGAAUGAAUAAUUUUAGGCCAAAAAUCGUAACUCAAAUAUAAUAUUUAAUACAUAAAAAUUUUUUCUUGUGGGCUGGAUUGAAGUGCCCGGUGGGCUUACUUUGGUCCCUUGAUACCAAUUUAGCAACAUUUGCGCGCCACAACUUCUAGAAUCCAUGCCCUGAAGAAUUCAGGCUGUUCUGGAGGUAAAGGGGGGUCCGACCCAGUACUAGAUGGGUAUACCUAAUAAAAUUGUAUGUAGCAAUGUCACAUGGAUGAUUAUUUAAUUCAGACAAAGCCUUUUGAUUGUUAAAAUACGUUUUUGUUUUUUAUAAAAAAUGAAUACUUAAGCAAGUAAUCGAAUACUAACGUCCGUUCGGAUAAUCGAUUAACUGUGCCCACCCCUAAAUGGUAUACUCUCUUAUUAUCAUCAGUGUAUAUAUAUAUUUUCAUGCACCAUUCUCUUCUCAUAGCAAACAACAGCAAGUUCCUGUCUGACUUUGGGAUUCGAAAUGGCAGCCGCCUGCAAGUGGAUGACUUUCUGCAGGAUUACACACUCCUGGUUAACGUGAUUCACUGGUAAGAUGGGAUGUAUUUCUCUGUGUGCUGUAUAGGCCUUUGUAUUCACAUGACUAAUGUACAUUUGUUUCCUUAAUGUAACUGUAUUUCUGCUGUUGUCUGAAAAAGUGAAGACUUGGCGAAGGAUGUGGAGUUUGAGGUGGUGGGUGACGCCCCUGACAAAGCUCCAACCCCACCCAGUGCACAAGCAGAGGGCAAGAACGUCGCCAAUGGCAACACAGACUCUGCAGAACCGUCCACCUCUUCCAAAGGUGAGCAAAACCGACAUUGUCUACAGAAAUUGACUAUUUUAGACAUCUGAUCAUUCAAAUCCUGGUCAUAAGUAAUCUGUCCUGUCCUUAAACCAUUUGUUUAUAGUGCUGAGAAUCAUGAGGCAAUGUUUGUUCUGUAGCUGAAUGUAAACUCUCUAAAGUGGUACAGGUAAAUAUUGUCUCUUGCUUUCCUUUCACGUCCUAGUCCCUGCUGAACAGAAUGAUGUUCUGAUAGUUGAUUCAGACGAGGAGGAGCCUUCCUCUAGCGCUAUGGAUGUCAGCAUGGAGUCAGGAGGCCACAAGAGGAAGCUCCAUGAUGCUGAGACAGGCGAGGCCUCAGCUAAGCGCCAAUGCCUGGGCCAACCCUCGGCUGAUGAUGACAUCAUUGCACUAGACUAG